AUGAAUAGUCCGGGGGGGCUCCCAUUUGGCGCCCACCCGUCACCGCCCACCACCACCGCCUUCCUCUCCCGUCAUACCAAAAGCCAAAUGAAAAAAAAAAAAAGUUUUCUCGACGCAAAAGAAGCACUCCAAUCCCUCCACAUCGACUCGACAAGCUCCGUGGAGCGCCUAAUUGCGUCCACGAUGGCAGUUGACGCAAUGGAAAUCGACGCACUGCCCCUGCGCACCGCCGACGCAGAGCGCAAACGCAAAUCCAAGAACAAGGACAUCGCCUCACCAACCAAAAAGCGCAAGCAGGCCCCAUCCAAAGCCAUUGCACCAAAAGACCUCAACCCGGAGUCUCCCUUCACCCUCACCACUGCGACCCUCUACCUGCCCCUGUCGCCAAUCUCUAUCUCGCCGACGCACGCGCUGGCCUCGCUGCUCGCUGAGCACCUCUCGCCACUGCUUCUGACCUACUUCCCGCCUUUGAAGGGUGUUGUUCUGGCAUACUCCAAUGCUUCGAUCUCCAGCAAGCCGCCUGCGCCUUCUUCCCGUUCCUCAUCAGACCCUAACCCGCAGCCGCUUACUCUCGCCACCACCGCCGACGAGUACGGUGUCUUGUACGUCUACCUGACUGCCACUUUCCUGGUUUUCCGGCCGAAGCGCGGACAGUCCCUCGACGGCUGGGUGAACGUGCAGUCGGAGGGUUUCCUCGGUGCUGUCGUAUUCAACCUGUUCUCGGUGGGUAUCGAGCGCAAGCGUCUUCCCUCGAACUGGAAGUGGGUGCCCCCCGGCGAGGAGGCCGAGACUCCUGGUACCACCGAUGACGACUCCGGGUCGGAUAAGGACAUGUCGGAUUUCGACGCCGAGAAGGAGGGUUUCCGCCCAACUUCGCUUUCUGAGGAGGAUAUCCCGCUUGACGAGGAGGAGGACUCCGCUCACACCGGUUACUUCCAGUCUGUCUCUGGGCACCGGGUGAAUGGCUCUGUGCGUUUCCGUGUUGUUGAUGUGGAUGUUAUUCCCGGUUCCGAGCGUGAUCGCGGAUUCCUCAGUAUCGAGGGUACGAUGUUGUCUGUCGAGGAGGAGGAGAGACUCUGCGAGUCCGAGCGUACGGGGCAGUCCUUGCCUCCUUCAUUCUUCUCAUCGCCUAAGAAGGUCUCCGGGACUAUCCCAGUGAUGAACGUUCCCGCAGCAUCAGCAGUGCAGGAGUUGUCAUCUGUGGAUGUACACCUUGAGCCGAGCCCGAAGAAGGAGAAGAAGGAGAAAAAAGAGAAGAAGGAAAAGUCCGAAAAGAAAGAAAAGAAGUCCAAGUCUUCCAAGUCGAAGAAGAGCAAGGACGAAUAA